AUGACGGGAGGUGAGAGGAACCUUCCGGGGGCGCGACGUCUGGCCAGAACGUCGCUAAAUACCACGGAGGAGGAGAACGCGGAGGGCGUGGACUCUGCCUUUGAGGAGGAGUGGUCAGACUACUGGCUGAGCCCCGGCCUGACGAGGCAGAACUCGUGUCUGGAGGCGGUGCCCGAGGACAGCAGACUGUCUCGCCGGGCCUCCCUGCUGGACGACGAGUUCCGCGAGGCCCUGGCCAGGCGACACUCUCGGGACUCACGCCGCGGCUCCGCCAUCGAGGAGAUGGACACUCGCGACCCCCUGGGGCGCCGGGACUCGCUGCUGGAGGCGGUUCUGGCCGCCAAGCGGACCGGGUGGCGGGGCCUGGUGCGCACCGACAGUGUGGAGAGUGGCGCCUCCAUGGCCUCCGUCAGCAGCAUGAGCAGCGACGGCUCGGGGUGUCCCUGCGACGACUGCUUCCUGGGCCUGACGGACCUAAUGCUGGCCCAGCCCCCGGCCAAGCCCAAGAAGCCGUCCAACUGGCGCAAGGUUCGCAACAUCGUGCAGUGGACUCCCUUUAUCCAGACAUACAAGAAACACAAAUACCCCUGGGUGCAGCUCGCCGGCCAUCAAGGUAAUUUCCGCGCGGGGCUGAAGCAAGGCACCAUCCUGAAGAAGCUGUGCCCGCCCGAGGAGAAGGCGUUGGAGGCCAUUAUGAAGGACGUGCUCCGCCCCUACGUGCCCCGAUACUCCGGCGUGGUGGAAGGCGCUGACGGAGAGAAGUACCUGCAGAUGGAGGACCUUUUGAGUAGCUACUCCCUUCCCUGCGUCAUGGACAUCAAGAUGGGCGUCAGAACAUACCUGGAGGACGAGCUGGCGAAGGCGAGGGAGAAGCCCAAACUCAGGAAGGACAUGUACGAGAAGAUGAUCCAGAUUGACCCGAAGGCGCCGACGGAGGCUGAGAACCGGGCCAAGGCGGUCACCAAGCCAAGGUACAUGGUAUGGAGGGAGACCAUUUCGUCCACGGCCACGCUGGGGUUCCGCAUCGAGGGCGUGCGGCGCGGGGACGGCACCUCCAGUAAGGACUUCAAGACCACGCGCACCCGAGAGCAGGUCCUGGCGUGCCUCACCAGCUUCCUGCAAGGCUACCCACACGUGGUGAGUCGGUACGUGCAGCAGCUCAAGUCGAUCAAGGUGACGUUAGAGGGUUCGUCGUUCUUCAAGACACACGAGCUCAUUGGCAGUUCUCUCUUGUUCGUGCACAACGACUCCUCGGCGUUGGUCCGCAUGAUCGACUUCGCAAAGACGGUGCCGCUGCCUCAGGGGGUGGCCAUCACGCACCGCAGCCCCUGGUCGGAGGGCACGCACGAGGAUGGCUACCUGCUGGGCCUCGAGAACCUCAUAGACAUCUUCACCGCCCUCGAGAAAGUGCCGCUCCCCACCCCGAACGGCACCAUCACCACCAGCAAGCCCGCCACUGCAGCGACCGACACCGCUGCCCCAGCCUCACCUCCAGCCCCAGCUACGGUCCCUACACCAGCCCCAGCCCCAUCUCCCCAGCAGCUCCCUGACGGCGGUGGUGACGAGGUGAAGGUAGUGACGGCAGAACUCACACCCCUGACUAUAUCUAGUGUUUCCACCACCACCACCACCACCUCCACCACCUCCACCUCCGAGCAUCAUCACCGCCCCCUCCACCUUCUCCACCAUCCCCCCAACCCGCCACCCAUCGCCCCAGUCUCCGCUCCCACCCCCGCACCCCCCACCUAGAUCUGUGCUAUAGUACAAGCAUAGGAAGUGAAGAAAAAUGUACAAAACCUCAUUUUUUGUGUACACCUUUUUUUUAUAAAUCAAUAUAUACAUAUGUAUUUAGUACAUUACUUGGCAUGGUGUGUGUGUGUGUGUGUGUGUGUGUGUGUGUGUGUGUGUGUGUGUGUGUGUGUGUGUGUGUGUGUGCGCGCGUGUGUGCGUGCGUGCUUACCUGCGUUUGCGCGCGCGCUCUCACACAAAUCUAGACUGGAUGUAUAGACAUUCUUUACGAGAGAGAGAGAGAGAGAGAGAGAGAGAGAGAGAGAGAGAGAGAGAGCGUCCUGCCGAAACCUUGUAGGUAUAUGGAACCAGCGAGGAAGGUCAAGACGACGGGACCAAUUAGUAAGGCCAGAGGUGGGGCGCGUGUGUGUGUGUGUGUGUGUGUGUGUGUGUGUGUGUGUGAGAGAGAGAGAGAGAGAGAGAGAGAGAGAGAGAGAGAGAGAGAGAGAGAGAGAGAGAGAGUUCUGUAGUUGAGGUGAGUCAGCCACGCCAGGCUGGGUGAGAGGCGGUAGGCAGGUAGGGUGAGAGGGAUAGUAGUCAAGUGUGGCAUUAGAGAGAGAGAGAGAGAGAGAGUCUGAAAUUGAAGCGACGAGGAGAAUGAGAGGUAUUGUUAGAAUGAGAAAAUGAGUGAGUUUGGUAGAAAAAAACGAGAGCGAGAAGUAUGGCUGGUAUGUAUGUAUGUAAAUUACUACAUGUGUGUGUGUGUGUGUGUGUGUGUUUGGGUAAGGAAAGGAGGAGGAGGAGGAGGAGGAGGGAGCAAAGAGAACGGGUCAAAAAUCCACUGAGAACAUUGUGUGUGUAUGUGUGUGUGUGUGUGUGUAAAGAGAGAGAGAGAGAGAGAGAGAGGGUGGUGUGCGUUGAUUACCUCCGCCCGGUUCACGAGACACAACCCCUUGGCGUGUGUUGGGUGCAGACAGCCUUUACUAUGAAGUCAGAUUAGUCAGUCAGCUUCCAACUUAGUUACACUAGUUUAUAUAGAGAAACAAAGCAGAAGGACAGAAGAAGAAGAGACGUAAGAGAAUAUCACUACGAUAUUUAUUACAAAAUGUAUUACAAUAUUAAACUUUAAUUUAUUAUCA